ACCUUGGAAGCUAGCACCUACUCGUGGUUUUCAGCAAGGCUGGAAAUUUCGACAAUUCCAACCUCAUCGCCAAUAACAAGCACUCGCGCCUGCCAACCAGCCCGCCACCCUCACCCGUCGAUACUUCCCACCAUGGCCGGCAUGGCGUCUGACAGCCAGCUCUUCGAAGAGACCUUCAAGAUCAACAACGUCAACGACGAGAAAUAUGACAGGUGUGCUCGCCUCUCGUGCACCUCGAUGGACGGGCAGACGCUUAUGACCCUCGACGUCCACUCCGAGCUCUUCCCCUGCCGUGUCUCCGAGACCAUCCACGUGGUGCUUGCGACCUCGCUCGCGCUCGACGGCAGCAAAGACGACGAGAAGGGUUGGCGCGACGUGACCAAGGCUGGCGGGGAGGCGACUCUGGCCGAUAUGUACGACUACGUGUGCCACGGCAAGAUCUACAAAUUCGACGACGGUGCCGACGGGCAGACCAUCAAGGCAUACACCUCUUUUGGCGGUCUAUUGAUGUCCCUCGAGGGACCCUAUAAGAAGCUCACCCCGUUGAGGGUGGACUAUGUCUAUCUACUGGUCAAGAAAUAGGAGGCUUGACCACUCGGUGGAUUGCCGUCGCCGGCGGGGUAUGGCAGGCUGCUGCUGCUGCUGCUGCUGCUGCGAAAGAGGGUCUAGGAUCUAGAGAACAAAAACACGAGAUGACGACAACCCGUACCAACC